AUGUCGGAAAGAAAUGAUGAUGAUCCGGUGCAGACAAGCACCGAACAAAUGAAAGAGAUUAUUGCUGAAGAAGUGGGGAAGGCAAUUGAAGGUAGUCUAUCCGGGUUUAUAGACAAAAUACAAAACAUGGUGUUAUCAUUAGUUGAAGAACGGGUCAAAAGGUUGGAAGAUAGUGUCAACCUUAUAAAAGAAAAAUCGGGAGAACGCAAAGGGUGUUCGUACAAAGAAUUCAUGGCGUGUAAACCGCCAAUCUACAACGGGGAGGUCGACCCGAUAAUAUGCCAAAGGUGGUUAAGUGAUGUCGAUGGGGUAUUUGAAAGGACCCAUUGUGACGUAAGCGAUUAUGUGGCUUACGGAACGGGUCAAUUAAGGGGUCAAGCCAAGGAUUGGUGGGAUAACAAAAAGAAGGAGAUUGGAGCCGAAGCGGCAAGGGUUAUGACGUGGGACGAGUUUAAGGUACCAUUCCUUAAACACCACAGUCCCAAGGCGGUCAUCAACAAAAUCAAGGAGGAAUUCAUCCAGUUAAGGCAAAAGGGUGAAACGAUUGAUAAAAUCACGGCGAUGGAUGUCAACUUGAGCCCUAUAAAGAAGGCUCGAACAACCGAGACGGUAAAGGAGACAGAUGCGAAGGGUGGAACACCAAGUUGCAAAGUUUGUGGAGAGGGGCACAAGGGCGAAUGCCGCUUUAAAGACAAACCAUGCCCCAUAUGCAGGAAGACAGGGCAUACGGCUGCGCUAUGUCCCGGGAAAGUUUCGGUGUGCUAUAAGUGCUAUCAGCCGGGUUAUAAAAAGUCGGAGUGCCCGGAAUUGGACGGGAAAAGGAAUGAGAAGGAUGUGCAGAUGGAGGCACAAAAGGCAAGGGCCCGAUCCUUCCAAUUAACCGCAACCGAAGUAAAGAUAGAACCUGAUGUCGUUUCGGGUAUGUUUCUUGUGAAUUUAAUUUUAACACAAAUUUUAUUUGAUUCCGGUGCGAAAUAUUACUGA